UCAGAGCUUGCGGACUGCAAUCCCAAAAAAAUGAAGAUUGAACUGUGCCUUUUCAUUGUUGGUCUUUCCCUGGUUCAGCGCCAGAUUGAAGCCGCAACGACGACUACGUAUGCAUGCGUUCGAGGAGAAUCCUUGAAAUGUGUCAUUCCAAGUGUAAUAAUUUCCGAGGAAACAACCGAUAUCCAACUGCCAGAUCUGAACGGUAAAAGCACUUUACAGAUCAAAAGCGGAAACAUUUCCCAUUUCGAUGAGCGAUUCUGUAGUCAGCUCGGAACAGUUACCAAACUGUAUGUAGGAGCGCUGGGGAUUAAGCAGUUGCUGCUGAAACCGGAACUGGUCGAGGUUAAAGCAGAUAGGAACUCGAUCGAGUCGUUUCAGUUGAAAUCGGACGGGGAAUACAAAACGGAAAUUUUGGAUUUGAGCAAAAAUCGUCUGACGAGCCUGGAUGGGUUCGAAAAAUUAUCCAACGUAAAGGAACUUUUCCUCCAGGGAAAUCUACUUGCUACGGUAGAUAUGAAAACUUUCGAAAAAAUGACUGCACUGGUGACGCUGAACCUCGGUGACAAUCAAAUCUCAGAGAUCGUGGCCACCAAUAUGGUAACUUUACCCUUAUUGGACUCCAUUUCAUUGGUUGAUAAUAAGUUAGACAAACUAGUUGUCAGAAACUGGGACUUCGAAUCCCUUACCGAUCUGGACCUUAGCUCGAAUCAGCUUGUCCACAUAGAAGGCCUCCAAGACGGAUUCGCUAGCCUCAGCGAGAUUGCUUUAGCUGGUAAUUCAUGGUACUGCUCGUGGCUAGCCGAUGUUCUGAACCAUUUCAACGCCAGCUACGUGACCGUGAAAGAUAGCGACAAGGACUGCGAAGGUCUGUCGCCAGCCAAUAUAUGUUGCGUAGCAGAACACGACGCAAAUGAAAAGUAUGACGAACAUUUUCAAAAAUUGGACAAGCUGGAACAGCAACAAACCUUUAUGCUGCAGAAAUUGAACAGUAGAGUUAGUACGUUUGAAAAUGAACAUAAAGAUCGGUUGUCCAGAGUGCAGAGCCAACUCGUUGAACUAUUGAAAAAAGAAGUGACCAAUAUUCCCAUUACGGACACUGAUAAAACAGAUAAGGAAGCUUUCUUGUUAGUAAAAGAGAAGUUGGAAACCUUACAGUCUGACUUGGAAAAUGAGAAGAAGAAUUUUGAAAAGCAGAUUCACGAAAAUAACGGCAGUCAACGCAAACUCGGGAUCUCGAUCGUCGAGCUUAGGCUUGCUUUGGAGCGGGAAAAAAAGAAAAUGGUCGAGGUACAGCAGCAAUUUGGUAUGCUUAAAAGUUAUGUAAUUAGCAAGCAGGCAAAACGGAACGGACUGGCUCCAUAGAAGAUUUUUUAUAAUUGUGAUGAAAAUUCGAGUAAGUUGCCAUAUUUAAUUGUUUUGACGAGAGAAUGUCAUUUUAUUUUUAGGGGCCGCAAUAAAGAAAUACAUGCAAUAGA